AUGGGGGGUGGCCUUCCAGGCCCCCUCCCUCUUCACUCGCCAUUGAUGGCGGAUUCUUCUUCGCUCCGAAAGGAUCGCCAGAUAAAAUACUUCCUCCGAUGUCUGAAAACCUUUCUCCCUCAUCAGUAUACCUCCAAUGACUCAAGUCGAAUGACCCUGGCCUUUUUCACCGUCGCUGGUCUUGACCUGCUCGACGCCUUGGACGACAACAUUUCCCCCGCGGAGCGCAACGGCUAUAUUGAUUGGAUAUACCAUUGCCAGGUGCCAUCUGGUGGCUUCCGGGGAUUCCCAGGGACGAUAUUUGGGGACUCUAAGAGAACCAGUGAAAAUGAGUGUUGGGAUCCCGCCAAUGUUCCCGCCACGUUCUUUGCGCUCAUGGCUUUGAUUGUAUUGGGUGACGACUUAACCCGUGUUAGACGACGAGAAUGCUUAUUGUGGUUAGCCGGAAUGCAGCGGGCGGAUGGAAGCUUUGGGGAGGUAUUAGGAUCUGAAGGACGGAUUGAAGGAAGCAAUGAUUUACGGUUUUGCUGUUGCGCGGCUGGCGUACGGUAUAUAUUACGGGGGAGGGAUGCGAGCUAUCUCCGGGAUGUUGGCGAUAUCGACAUUGGCCGUCUAAUCUCUCACAUUGAAGAGUGUCAGUCAUACGAUGGAGGCUUUUCAGUGUCACCAAUGACCGAAUCGCACGCUGGUUUGACAUACUGUGCCCUCGCGUCGCUUUCAUUCCUUGGGUGCAUCCCGGCUGCAGGUGUCUGUGGCGUGCCAUUUCUCGCCCCUACAGCAACGAAUUUCGAAGAUUUGGUACGCUGGUUGGCAUGGCGACAAACGGUAGACCUUGAAGAGGCCGAAGAAGGCGAAAGUGAUGCCGAAGAAAUGGCAGUCACUGACGUGCAAAGAUCGAUAGAUGAAAAAAUAUCUGCACUCCCGGAUAUACCUUCUCUUUCACAGCGGCCUUGUGAGGUUCUCCAUUGGGCAGGAUUCAAUGGCAGAUCGAAUAAAAUAGCCGACACGUGUUACUCUUUCUGGGUGACAGGGACACUGGGUAUUCUUGACAGGCUGAACGUUGUCGACGCAGAAGCGAAUCGCCGCUAUCUCCUUGAGAAAACACAGCAUAUCAUCGGGGGGUUUGGGAAAUGUGUCGAUGACCCACCAGAUCUCCUCCACUCCUACCUGGGACUAGCAAGCCUUGGUCUUUUCGGCGAAGCCGGAAUUGCCAGGGUUGACCCAACAUUCUGUACUAGCAAACGAGCUCGUCGACACCUCGAGUCUCUUCCUUGGUGGGCUGGCUCGGAAUCCCAUUGA